AUGUCGUUAGCGAAGGCAGCGAAUUUCGCGAUGCUGUGGAGAGCCCAGCGGCAGUUUUAUUACCGCUACGAAAUCAGCACCUGCGAGCAGGGCAAGCAGUCGCAGCAGGCCUUGUCGCUUCUCUGCGCGACGUGGGAAGCAAAACUGAAGCCGCCUGCCGUGGAUUCGACUUCGGGGUCCACCUUCGCUGGGAUUAGCGCAUGCGGGAAGGGCGGGCAGUGGCAGCAGGCUCUGUCGUUGCUUAGACAGAUGUGGGAGGUGAAGUUGGUGCCCGACGUCAUCAGCCUCAGCGCUGGGGCUCUGGCUUGCGAUGGGGGUGGGCACGGGCAACAGGCGAUUUGGAUGCUCACCGAAACGCGGGAUGUGAAGCUUGAGUCGUUCAGUGAUUUACUCGUUAUUGCGAUGCGCACGUGA